AUGCAACCCAAAGCCGUUGAAAAGAACACACCUGCCAAUGGCCACACCAACGGCCACUCUGCGAAUGGACACUCGAAGGGCUACGAUAUGGCCAGUCCAUCCACAAUCCAUCAGAAAUUUCUUACCUCUCCUGCAGACCUAGGCGUUGUCCUUGUCGGUUUCUCCGGCGGCCAAUGCAAGCCUGGCGUCGACGCCGCUCCGACAGCCCUCGUGUCGGCAGGCAUCCUCGAGCAGAUGCGCGAUGAACUGGGAUACACUCUCCACGGCGACAACUCGGUGCACGACUACGACCAGCUACGCCCUCAGUCGGAUCCAGACCACCGAGGGAUGAAGAACCCGCGUGCAGUCUCGGCUGUCACGCAGGGCUUGGCUCAGCAGGUCUACAACCAGGCACGCGAAGGAAGAAUGGUCUUGACACUGGGCGGUGAUCACAGUAUAGCCAUUGGUACAAUCGCAGGCACUGCCAAGGCGAUCCGAGAGAGAUAUAACGGACGCAAAGAGAUUGGUGUGAUCUGGGUUGAUGCACACGCAGACAUCAAUACACCUGAGACUAGCGAGAGUGGAAAUGUGCAUGGUAUGCCUGUCGCUUUUCUUACCGGCCUCGCAAAGUCCGAAGAGAAAGACAUUUUCGGAUGGAUUGACGACAAUCAGCGUAUCAGCACCACGAAAUUAGUCUACAUUGGCUUGCGCGAUGUGGACAGGGGAGAGAAGAAAAUCCUGCGUGACAAUGGAAUCAGGGCUUUCAGUAUGCACGAUAUUGACCGUCAUGGUAUUGGCCGUGUCGUAGAGAUGGCUUUGGCGCAUAUUGGCGCAGAUACUCCGAUUCAUCUGAGCUUUGACGUCGAUGCAUUGGAUCCAAUGUGGGCUCCUAGUACCGGAACGCCCGUCAGAGGAGGAUUGACACUACGCGAGGGUGAUUACAUUGCAGAGUGUGUACAUGAAACUGGUCAACUUGUUGCCAUGGAUUUGGUCGAGGUCAACCCCAGCCUCGAGGUCGCGGGAGCUAGUGAGACUGUUAGAGCCGGUGUCAGUCUCGUCAGAUGUGCGUUGGGAGACACACUACUAUGA